UCCUUACCACCCUUAACAAUACUCCAUUCAUACAGAGAGAGCAAAUCAUGCCACCUUGCAAAGCUCAAAUCUUUAUUUCUUUUCUUUUAUGAUGUCCUUUCCUCGCGUUUUCCCUCCCUUUAUAACCACCACCACCUCGUCUCCUCCCCCUCUCGACCCAACCCCAAGGAAGCCGCUAGCUAGCCAAGGAGAAGCCAAGAAUUCUCCCCAUCCGAUCGAUCGAUGACGACUGGGGAGAUGGUGGAGGCCGCGACGGUGCCACGGGUGGUGCCGAUCCUGUCGUCGCUGCUGCAGCGCGUGGCGGAGCGCAACGACACGGCGGCGGCGGCGGAGGGGCAGCGGCCGGUGUCGCCGUUCCAGGGGCUGACCAAGCCGGCGAUCUCGAUCGGCGGGUACCUGGAGCGGAUCUUCCGGUUCGCCAGCUGCAGCCCGUCCUGCUACGUCGUCGCGUACAUCUACCUCGACCGCUUUCUGCGCCGCCGCCGCCCCACGCUCGCCGUCGACUCCUUCAACGUCCACCGCCUCCUCAUCACCUCCGUCCUCACCGCCGUCAAGUUCGUCGACGACAUAUGCUACAACAACGCCUACUUUGCGCGGGUGGGCGGCAUCAGCCUGGCGGAGAUGAACUACCUGGAGGUGGACUUCCUCUUCGGCAUCGCCUUCGACCUCAACGUCACGCCCGCCGCCUUCGCCUCCUACUGCGCCGUGCUCCAGAGCGAGAUGGCCUACCUCGAGCCGCCCGCGCCAGCCGAAGCGCCCCGGCUGCAGCUGCAGUACUGCUGCGCCGGUCCGUCCGACCACGACGAUGCCGCUGCCGUCGCCACCGCUGUCUGCCACCAUCACAAUCAGCAGCAGCCGCAGCUCACCGUCUGAUCGAUCGAGCCAAUUUUUUUUUUUUUUUUUUGUCCCCGUGGUGUCAUUUCGGCUUCUUCUUUCCUCCUCCUCCUCUUCUUCUUGCUGUUCUUGGUACAUAGGUGUUGAUUGUUGCUAGUGAUAGUUGGUUAGGUGGAUUGGAUCAUGGAUGGGAGAGGGUUCUUGGGAUCUUGCCAUUGCUCGACAGAUCAUGGAUAAAUGGAUGGAUCAGCUUGGGAUUCGGUUUUGCCAUUGUCAUUUCAGUGGAUGCUAACUUGUGUAUGCGCAUGUUAGUCACAGCACACUGCUCGCCUCCUGUCUCUUUUUUUCCCCUUUUCCCCUUUCUGGGAAUUAUUCGCUACGUAAAUUUGGAUUAGACAUCGUGGGAUAGUGGAGGCAACUGGGGUAUUAUUGGUCAGAACAUGGCAUGUUUCUCGGUUGUCGAUCCCAAAUUGUAUGUGCGUCGUCGUUGGAACAAAAAUGUGUCCAUAACCUGAAAACUCUGAAUGCACAGAGCGGUCGAACUGCAGACCCUGUACCUGAAAGUGUCAGUGGAAGUUUCAGUCAG